AUGACUGCUUUUGGACGUUUAUUUCGGGGACGAAAUAGUAUCAUUGAUCUUUAUUUCAAAGAAAUAGAUGAAGCAGAAGAAAAUUGCGAGAAAGAGUUUAACGCAGCAGUAAAAAUUCAAAAAAUAUGGCGUGAUUACUUCCAGAGACGCAAUUUAAGAAGACUACACGAAAAAGCUACUUUAAUACAAAGCUGUUGGAGACGACAUAUGGCUAAAUUUUAUGUUAUGCAGCUUCGAGAAGAAAAAUAUUCAAAUGAAAGAAUGGAUUUCUUUAAUGAAAUGGCAUCAAAAAUACAGAAACGUUGGAGAGGUUACUAUACCAGAACACAGAUCUUCGAUUUUUACAAACAUCAGAAUUUCAUUGUAGAACAAGCAAUAAAGAACCAACAGAUGGCCCAAAUGCUAGAUUCUUAUUACGCAGAAACCAGCGAAAUUCAAAAUCAGAAAGAUUUUAACAAAGAUAUUGAAACUCAGAGAAAAUUUGCUUUGAAUAACCAUCAUCUUGUUUCUACAUUUACUAUUCCAUCUGUAUUUAAGCCCAAACCAUUUGUUAAGGAUGAACCACAGGUUCCUUCCCUAGAACAAUAUAUAAGAUCGAUAAAUCGCCAAAAGAUUGUUGUGCCGUCACUAACCCCACGUUAA